CGUAUUCUUUUUCAACUAUAGAAACAUCUUUCAAUCACCAAUCAAUUAUUCAUAAAUUUACGCAAUUUUAUGAAAUAAAAGGUUUAUUUCAUGUUGAUAGUUACUCUAGGAAGAAUAACCAGUGUUGUCCUUAGAAACUGAAAUAGCAGAGGACAUUCAAAUAAUAGCAGGUGUUUGGGGUUCAUGACUUAAAAGGGGGAGGGGGUUGAGAGGGAAUACCAGAAUACACUGUAACUGGGGGGGGGGGCAUAAUAAGCACAGAAAUUCCCCAGCCCCCGGGUCCGAACAUAUCAAUGUUGAUAAACCAUUUAUAAAAAUUGUUUUAUCACCUUGGUUUCAGGAUAUACGUAAUAAGUUGCAUUGUCUUUGUUCCUCAGGUAUUAAUUAUUGAUCAUCACCUGUUUUAUUGUUCUGUAAUGAGCCUCAACAGAAAUAUACACACCCUCAAUCUAUAUUUACGUAUGUACAUUUUCACGGAUUAUUGGAUGAGAUAUUGAUUAUUUUCUUUUCUUUCAUUUUAAGGCCAUUCCUUUGCCUUGGAGAGAGAGGAGUCAUGAAAUUUUAGCUGUACACGAUUUGGAACCAUAAUGUGGAAUUAUACCAUGAGAGUAUUUCAUUUUAACUGUAAUUAUUUGUGAGAGAAAUUUGACCAUACUUCAAUCACCUAGUUGUUAUAAUGCAGCUCACCAUGGACCACAGAAGCAGAUCUAUGGAGUACACCCAGGACUGUGAUUCUGUUAAUAACGACCAGGAUUUUAACGGUAACACAGCGGACACAAAGUCUGAGGAGCGGGACAGCGGAACGGGACUCUCUAGUCACUCCACCUCGGCCGAUCCCAUGAGUAUGGACGACUCAGACGAGCCCGCCAGUAUCGGGGAGGAACUCAACUCCUCCUCUUAUCAUCUAGACAUGGACGGGGAGCUGGUGCCGAUUAACAAGGACGAACUACAGGACACGUGCAGUGAUUGUGAGGCCUCACGUACUUACACCGUGCCCACCCCCGUCAGUUUCAUUAACAAUAACGCUAACGAGCUGGUCGACCCACUUCAGGAGAUAAAUCAAGUUAACAUCAAGGAAAAGAAAUAUCCUGUUCUCCCUUCCAUCAGCAAGAAAUCGUGUACCCCACGUUCUCUCCCGAGUGAAACAUCUCUGGACAAUGAACUUCUUGAAAAGUGUCUAGUGCGAGAACUGACCAAAAAUCAAAUGGACUUUUCGAGAGAAAGAAUGGAAAAAGAGGCUGACUUUUUUGCGGAUCAUCGAAUUAAUACAAGCAAAGUAAAAGCUACCCCUCGCACCAAUCCCCUUCCUCCUAUAAGACCUGCAAAUGCUUCCUCCCCAGAUAAAAUGGGAACGUGAAAACUAUGGCUAACAAAAUUUAUGAGCAAAAACUGCUCUGACAUCAAAAGUCUAUCUGUGCAUAGCAAUACUUAUGAUUGAGCACGCAUAUAGUGAUGGAUUGUGCUUUGACAACAAAAUGCUAUCUUGUUCAAAAUUACUGCAUCGUUAAAUGUGGUGAAAAUUUGAGAUCUGAUGAUAUUUAUCAUAUAUGCAAAUGAUAUUUGUAUACUAUAGUGUGUUUUCAUAAUCAUUAUAGCUACAAUAAUAUAUGCAGACAUUUAAGAAUUUUAGACAAAAUAUAGGGUUGGAUUUACUGUAUGCAAUUUUUUGGU